AUGGGUAACAACAAUAUCUUGGAGGCAUUGAACGUUCGGGUCGUCGGGUCGGGUACCAGAAACCUAGUGCUGGCACAUGGGUUUGGAACGGACCAAUCGGCUUGGCAACGCAUUCUUCCCUACUUCACCCCAAAUUACCGUGUCAUACUCUACGACCUCGUCUGCGCCGGAAGCGUCAACCCGGCUCACUUCGAUUUCCGGCGAUACACCACUCUCGAUGCCUUCGUCGACGAUUUGCUCAAUAUUCUCGACGCCCUAAAUCUCGAUCGCUGCGCUUAUGUCGGCCACUCCGUUUCUGCCAUGAUCGGAAUUCUCGCUGCUAUUCGCCGCCCCGACCUCUUUUCCAAGCUCAUCCUAGUCGGAGCUUCACCUAGAUUCUUAAAUGACAAAGAUUACCACGGUGGAUUCGAGGAAGGCGAGAUAGAGAAGGUGUUCAAGGCAAUGGAAGCUAAUUACGAAGCGUGGGUAAGCGGGUUCGCUCCGCUAGCAGUCGGGGCGGAUGUACCGGAGGCAGUCAGGGAAUUCAGUCGAACCCUUUUCAAUAUGCGACCCGAUAUCACUCUAUUUGUGUCACGAACCGUUUUUAACAGUGAUCUGAGAGGGGUUUUGGGCUUAGUCAAGGUGCCCUGUUGUAUAAUGCAGACCGAUAAGGACGUCUCGGUUCCGGCUUCAGUGGCCGACUACUUGAGAGACCAUUUGGGUGGCCGUAACACAAUCGAAAUGCUUGAAACGGAGGGUCAUUUACCACAUUUGAGUGCUCCGUGGCUUUUUGCUCAAAAGCUCCGGCGAGCCCUAACUCGGUGAGUUUGCCUCCUCUGCUUUGGCGUCAGCCCUAAAAUAUUAAAAUAAUAAUUGUAUGAUUGUUAUGGUUAUUAAAAACAAAAGGAGAUGUUGACACUUGGCGAAUAAUAUGUGGAUGAUAGUUUCUGGACUUUCGAUUAUCUGGUUCUUAAAUCCGGUGAAGGAUAAGAAUCUCCACGUGAUAAUCACGUGGUUUUCUAUCA